AUGUCUUUCAUCACAAGAGCUGUUGUCGCCAACUCGAGGGGUAUUGCGGCUCCCACACUCCUUACCGGGAGGACACAGUUGAGCCGAGCCUUGUUCUCGACCACGCCACACCACCAAAAGGGUCCUAUCGAGGCAACCAAGGACACACUAAAGGCGGCAGAUAGGCUUGUGUCUGAUGCGGCUGUCAAGGGCAUCGAGAAAGGAGAAGCUGCAACCAAUAAACUAAAGCACACCGUGGGCUCCGCGGCCAAGAAAGCAGAGCGGGAAACCGAAGAUGUUGCGAAGAAGACGAGCAGAAAGGCAUCAGAUGUAGCCGACGAGGCAGCUGAGAAGGCCGAGGAAUAUUCAGGGAAGGCGUGA